CUUUGCCCACCCUGCUGGGYGCUGAGGUGCCARCCAGGCUCAGUGCUCCAGGRAGGUGGCAGGGACUCCUCGGGCUCAGCAGAUUUUGGAUCUCUCACAGUGUCUCCAUGGUGUUCUGGGACAUCUUUCCCUGGGAAGAAAACAAAGUCCCAAGAAAACAGACAGCGUGUGUGCCCUGGCAGGCAGGGACCCUGAGCUGACAUCUCCUCAACAUUUGCUGGGUGAUGCAGACUUGAGUCAGGCAAAGCAGGGGAGCCCGCUGGAGCACACGCAGGUGUCAAGUCCUAUGGGCCGGGUUGGAACCUGGCAGGCACUGGACGUUACCUCUGUGUCACUGGAGCCCCRCUGUGGGUCCGAAUGAGGCCAUCCUGUGUAGCUGGAGCAGCGCUGGCUCCUGUCCGAGGGCUGCUCCCCGCUGCAGCCCGGCAGGGCUGGGGGCAGGGCAGCUGUUUUCACUGCAGAGUUUGGCACCCUUGAGCAAAUGUUGUAUCCACAGGAGGGAAGCAUUCGCAGGAUCCCCUGCUUGCCCUUUGGCUUCAGCGCUCUGUCCUGCUCCAGCUUGCAUAACGGCACGGGGGGAGGCAGGGCUGGCUCCCUGGGGGCCCUCGCAGCGCCUGCCCAUAAAUAGGGGCUCGACAAACUCUCCAGCACUACAGCGCUCUGCCUCCAGCUCUGCUCUGCUCGCCUCCAUCAUGCAGUCCACACUGCUCAGCAUCCUGGGGCUGGCCCUGCUCGGGACACUGCAUGCCCAGGACAGCAUUCCUGUCCAAGCUGACUUCCAGCAGGACAAGCUCACAGGGAAAUGGUUCACCAUUGGCCUGGCCUCCAACUCCAACUGGUUCAAGGAGAAGAAGCAGCUGAUGAAGAUGUGCACCACCGUCAUCUCCGCCACCGCAGAUGGGAACCUGGAAGUUACCUCCACCUACCCCAAGGGYGAUGAGUGCGUGACGAGGAACAGCGUUUACACCAAGACAGAGCAGCCAGGGCUCUUCAGCUACACCAGCCCACGCUGGGGCAGCAACCACAAAAUCCAUGUGGUGGAGACCAACUACGACGAGUACGCCUUGGUGGCCACCCAGAUCUCCAAGAGCACUGGUUCCUCCACCAUGGUGCUGCUCUACAGCCGGACAAAGGAGCUGAGUCCCAAGCGCCUGGAGAGGUUCACCCAGUUCUCCAGAGAGAGGGGCCUGACGGACGAUGAGAUCCUCAUCCUGCCCCAGACAGACAAGUGCAUGGCAGAUGCUGCUUAGGUGARCCCUGCCUUCGCUGGGGCUCAGACCAACCCUGCAGGAGGGUAUGGGGGUGCUUAAAGCCACUUCACCACACAGAGCCCCCAGCACCUCCACAACCCUUAUCCAGGCUGCUCCUCUCCUCACACCUACUGGGCAUCCCCCACCCAGCCCUGUGUGGUGGGUGCCCACCCACUCAGUGUGGGGCUGGCCAGGCCCGUGUCCCCUGUGUGUCCCCCAGUCUCCCACAGUUCAGCCAUGCUCACCCCUCAUCUUUCCCAAGCGGACCCACUAGCUGCUGCCAGCCAGAGCCCCAACAGCUGGUGACCACCCUGUCCCAUCCCACGCCCAGUGCCCCCCCCGCCCCCAGCACUGCAGCAGUCUUUGCUCCCCAACUUCACAACACACAUCUCUACCCCGUCCCAAUUAAAAUGCAUGAAAAACCCAGCYGUUGUCUGCAGGAUU